CAAAAGCUUGCGAUUUGAAACUUGAAAGGCGAGCUUGCAACAUUUGAAUUUCUCCUGUGUGAGGUGGCGCGCGUUUCUCUUUCCCUUUCUCCUCCUCCAACUUUCUCAAACGUAAUCCAUUUUCUGGUCGGAAAGAACUUUGGGGCCUUGAUGGAGCAGAUUAUGUAGCAAUGGCUCACUUAUUGGAGCUGUUUUCAACCCUCCCUUCGCAGGGUUGAUUGUGCCGAAAAACAGCUGAAGAUUGAUGCAUUGCAUAGCUGAACGUCCAUCGCAGCCGACCAUUGAGCACUGCAUUAGAUGCCAACAUACUUCCACCCAUAGAAGGAGAGGAGGUUGGGCAUAAAAGUUGGAGCGGAUGCAUUCAAUCUUGUAGCCUUCCCACAAAAAGGAAAAGAUCGAUUCGAGUGCACUGCCUGCUUUGGUCCAUCUAAGCCAUGGCGGGCGCAGUGGUUGCUGGCCUCAGCGUUGGGACACCAGUGUUGACGAAUUGGCCAAGAAAAGUACCUUUUCGAGAAGACCAGCUCGCACUUGGUGCAUUCAUUCCUCAAGGAAGACGAGGACUACCGCAGAACAAGGUAGGUCAGUCAAGGCGCGGUUCCCAGGUCUGCCACUGGGGUGGCUGGCUUUCCAGUGGUACUACACGAGGUUUGGACCCGGCUUCUGGUCUAUGCUGCCACUGUCAAAACGCUGGUGCUCUGCGCUUCAAUUGGCAGAACAGAGGACGUGGCCAAAGACACCCACGGACCGUCACGGCGUCAGCCGGCGAUGAGGUCAACAAUGGCGCAGGGAGUGGUGGGGAGGAGCCGGAGUCGCAGGAGGCGCAGGCCUGGCUGCAGGAUCCGUCCCUCAUGCGCCGCCUGUAUCGUGCCGAGUCCCCCGAUGCAGUGCUCGAGAUCCUGGAGAACCACUUUGGCCAGCAGCGGGGGGGCGUGGUGGGGAGCGAGGAAGGGGCGGCGCUCAUCUUGGCCGCACUCGAGGCGGGCAAUGCCGACCUGGCGUUUGGCAUGCUGGAAGCGAUGCGGGCGGCGGGGCUGAAAGCGCGGAUGGGAAAAGGGGGGCAUGAGUGGCGGUGGCGGUGGAGCCCCCCCGAUGUGAAAGUGUACGCGGCGUUGGUGCGGGGGUUGGCCGCCAGCCUGCGGGUGGGGGAGGCGAUUGAUGUGGUAGGGCAAGUGCGGCGGCGGGGCUUGCCCAAAGGGGAGGAGGUGUCGUUUGGGAAGGUUGUGGGCUGCCCCAGUUGUCGCAACGCCUCGCUUGCAGUGGUGCAACCACAGCAUGGAGUCCAGGUGGUCCCCUGUUCGCAGUGCCGCUACCAGUUCGAACUAGCGUCGGGAACCGUGACCGAGGCCGAGUCAGAAGCCAUCAGCUCGGACCAGUCUCUCUUCCAGCGCGCCUUCCGCCUCCUCCGCUUCCGCCGCUCGCCGCCCCCCGCCGCCGUCCACUCCCUCGUGGUGCGCGCGCCCGACGGCGUCGCGCGCACCCACCGCUUCGCCACCGACUCCGUCGAAAUCCCCGCGCAAGUCGGGGACCGCGUAACCGUUUGCUCGGCGUGCCCCUCCUCCGCACGAGGGCCAGGCCUCGGGCCCCUCCGCGGAAACACCCGAACGCCCGGUUGGCAACCCGGCGAACCGAUGGCGCUAACCAACCACGCGACAGGGCGCGUGAACCGGCUUCUUCGCGCCCCCGCCAGGGAAGGGGCGGGGGCGGCGCGGGAUUUGUCGAUGCUGGUGCCGGCGAUUGUGAUUUUGGCGGGGGGGGAUGCGGCGACGGGGCUGAUCAGCCCGGAUUUGCCGGGGUUACUGGCGAUCGGGGUGACUGGGACGGUGGUCGCGGGGGGCUUGGCCAGGAGUUACUUGCUGCCGCGGUUGAACCAGCUCCCCACGCGCGUGGCGGAACGAGUGGCGGUUCGGCAGGAGCUGCUGGCGCAGCACGAGGCGCUGCAGACGCAGCUGGCGGGCCUGGCAGACGCGGCCGCGGCGGAGGUGCGCAUGCUCGCGCGCAUGUGCCAGCUGGCCAACAAAAUGGAGGCCGUUGGGGAGCCGGCCGCGUAUUCUGCGCGCAUCCGCCGCGUGCGGGAAGCCCGUGAGGGGCUGGACCAACGGCUCGCGGCGCGGCUCGAGCUCAUGGACAGCUUUGCCAAGGUAGCGUCCAUGAUCGAGAUCGAAGUGGAGAUGGAUAACGACGUGCUGGCCGCCGAGAGCGCGGGGGCUGCGGCGAACAUUGCGGAGGAGGUCGAGCGGCUGAUGGAGCUCAACUCAUUGCAAUCGCAAUGGCAAAUCCAGGCGGAGGCGAACGAAGAAGUCGAACGCUUGCUCAGAACGGAGUCGGUUCCCGAGUAUUCAUGACUGCAACCUUAUGCAGAAGCAACCAUUGAUUCUGUGUUUGAAAGGAUCCAUGGGUGUUGUUUUGUUUUGCAUGACGAAGUGCUGUAUCACAGGCAAGAGCUGCCAGGCAUCCUAUUUUGAAAGUGGAGGGGUUGCGAACAUCGGUUUUACCCCCGAGGGAGGCUUGCAUUGCCAGCUUCAGAGUAAGCUCGUUUUCAAGAGUCAGGCCAUGUUAGUUAUUCAACUUACCAAGCAUGUGCUCAAAUGAAGCAGACUUUGGAUCUCGACACGCUCCGACGAGCCAUCAUAUUUUUGAUAUCACACUGAUGCAUUGCAG